CGGCGAGCGGAAGCAGACCUACCCUCUGGCCCGCGGGUCCAAUCGUUGGCCGCGGCGCAGGCGUUGCCGCGUUGGCGGAAGUGGUGGCCCUGCCUCUUGUCUCCUGUCUCCGGCCCUUCACCAAGCUCUUACCUGCCUUGACCCCGGCUGCUGGGGUUCGGCCGAAGCGGGGCUGCGCAGGGCGGGAUGGAGAAGAGGAGGAUGAACCUGCCCAAGGGGCCGGAUACGCUGUGCUUCGACAAGGACGAGUUCAUGAAGGAUGACUUUGAUGUUGAUCAUUUUGUGUCUGACUGUAGGAAACGGGUCCAGUUGGAAGAGCUUAGAGAUGAUCUGGAACUCUAUUAUAAACUUCUCAAAACAGCCAUGGUAGAACUCAUUAAUAAGGAUUAUGCAGACUUUGUCAACCUUUCAACAAACUUAGUUGGCAUGGACAAAGCCCUCAACCAGCUCUCUGUGCCUUUGGGGCAGUUACGAGAAGAGGUUAUGAGCCUUAAGUCAACUGUCAGUGAGGGAAUUCGGGCAGUUGAUGAGCGAAUGUCUAAACAAGAGGAUAUCAGAAGAAAAAAGAUGUGUGUGUUGAGACUUAUUCAAGUUAUUCGCUCAGUUGAGAAAAUUGAAAAAAUAUUAAAUUCCCAAAAUUCUAAGGAGACAUCUUCGUUAGAAGCAAGCAGCCCACUUUUGACUGGGCAGAUUUUAGAGAGAAUUGCCACAGAGUUUAACCAGUUACAAUUUCAUGCUGUUCAAAGCAAAGGAAUGCCUCUUUUGGAUAAAGUGAGACCACGUAUAGCAGGUAUCACAGCCAUGUUGCAACAGUCACUGGAAGGACUACUGUUAGAAGGUCUUCAGACUUCUAAUGUUGACAUAAUACGUCAUUGCUUGAGGACUUAUGCAACAAUUGACAAGACACGCGAUGCAGAGGCAUUAGUUGGACAAGUACUAGUGAAACCAUACAUUGAUGAGGUGAUUGUAGAACAGUUUGUUCAGUCUCAUCCAAAAGGCCUUCAAACCAUGUAUAAUAAGUUGUUGGAGUUUGUUCCUCACCAUUGCCGCCUUCUUAGAGAAGUCACCGGAGGGGCCAUCUCAAGUGAAAAAGGUAAUACUGUUCCUGGAUAUGAUUUUCUGGUGAAUUCUGUGUGGCCAGAAAUAGUGCGUGGUUUAGAAGAAAAACUACCUUCAUUAUUUAAUCCUGGGAAUCCAGAUUCAUUCCAUGAGAAGUACACCAUAAGUAUGGAUUUUGUCAGAAGAUUUGAGCGACAAUGUGGAUCACAAGCCAGUGUAAAAAGAUUAAGAUCACAUCCUGCCUACCACAGUUUCAAUAACAAGUGGAACUUACCUGUUUAUUUUCAAAUACGAUUUAGAGAAAUAGCAGGAUCUUUAGAAGCAGCACUUAUAGAUGGGCUGGAAGAAGCUCCAGCUGGGAGCUCAUUUUGCCUUUUGGCCUCUCAUAUGGCAUGGGUCAGUCUUAUGAAGUGUUGGUCAGAUCAGAUGUAUUUACCAUUGCUAGCACACCGUCUGUGGAAACUCACUUUACAGAUUUUAGCACGGUACUCCAUGUUUGUUAACGAGUUAUUACUCAGGCCUAUCUCCAACGAAAGUGCCAAGGAUAGUAAAAAAUCCUCCAUAACUAGUAACAAGGAGUCUUCCUCCAUUACUCAAGGAACCAGUGAGGACCAAGGAAAUGGUGUUUCUGAAACACAAGCUGUAGUUUGCAUUUCCAAUACGCAGCUUAUACAUGUGGUUGCAGACCUUGACAAACUUCAGGAACAACUUCCAGAACUCUUGGAAAUAAUCAAGCCCAAACUUGAAGUAAUUGGUUUCAAGAACUUUUCCUCUAUCUCAGCAGCCCUUGAGGAUUCUCGAAUUUCUUUAUCUUCCUGCAUGCCUUCCCUGAGUAACAGGAUCAUCCAAGACUUGAGUGAGUCCUGCUUCAGUUAUCUGAAAAGUGCCCUGGAAGUUCCCAGACUUUACCGAAGAACCAAUAAGGAGGCCCCGACCAAAGCUUCGCCCUACGUGGACAGUGCUCUGAAGCCAUUCUACCAGCUUCAGAGUGAGCACAAGGAUAAACUCAAGCAGUCCAUAGUUCAUCAGUGGUUAGAAGGUGCUCUUUCAGAAAGUACUCACAAGUAUUAUGAAACUGUAUCUGAUGUUCUGAGUUCUGUGAAGAAGAUGGAAGAGAGUUUGAAAAGACUAAAGCAAGCCAGAAAAACUGCCACAUCCAACCCCGUUGGUGCUAAUGGCGGCAUGAGUGAUGACAACAAGAUUAGGCUCCAGCUGGCCUUGGAUGUCGAGUCUUUAGGAGAACAGAUGCAAAAGAUGGGCCUGCAAACAAGCAGCAUAAAAAGCUUUACAGCUCUUAUAGAGCUUGUUGUAGCUGCCAAGGACCAGGCAAUAGCAGAACAGCCAUAAACACAUUGGAAUACCCUUGCAAAGGGAAACAGAUUGUCGGGCCUCUUAAACCGGAAAAGUGGCACUGCUCCCUUACUGAUCCCUUUGGAGCAAUGAAGUGCUUCUGAAUGCUUCUCCAGCAACAAGUCAGUGCAUCUCCUGUCUGCAUGGUGGGGGCUUAUUUCACAAGCAAAAUAAUCACAGAAGUUUUUCUUCCAUUGUAUGGAAGACUGUUGUGGGGGGAGGUGGGGCGGAGAAGUUGUUUGUUUGAAACUUUCUACUCUGGGUUAUAAAGCAAAUUAUUUUUAUUGUAAGUCUUAGUGUGGAAGGACUGAUUUCUAAAAUAUGAUUAAAGCAAAUAUAUCUACAUAUCCAUAUGUAUGUAUACAAAAAGUUGUCUUCCUGACUCUACAGUUAGAAGAAAAAGGAUGUUGCAGUGAAGAUGUCACAGUUGAUGGCAUGGAGAGUUCCUUUCUCCACUUCCCAUGAAAUUAAAUGACUAUAAAUUAUUGUGACUUUAAAAGAACAAACAUUAAAGUGGUGGUUCUCAUUAUAUACACUCAUUAUUUAUGAGCUGUGCUUCUGAUGGGGCUGCACAUUAUUCUGACAUCAGUUAGGAGUCAGUACCAGUGGAUGUGAACUUAUUUUUAUUUCCUAAAGAACUCCAAAGCCCGUUCUCUGUUCACUGUACAUCACUACUGCUCUUGUUUUCCUCAAUACAUGAAAAAGCUUGAGUAUCAAGAAUAUGAGGAAUCAAAAUAACCAAGAUAUAUUUUGGCAGAAUGUUGUAGAAAGGCAACAAAAGCGGGCCAUCCUAAUUUUGAGAGAAAAAGAAGGGGAGAAUGGUAACAGGGCAGAAGGGAUGGUGAAGGUGCAGCACAUUGGAGCUGAGCUGCUGACCCUCCCAGAGUUAACGAACUUUCUUCAUUUCAGUAACAGUCUUAUCCUAAAAGAAGAGAAGGGUAACAAUGUGGGGGGUGGGAGAGGGUGUGCCACAGCAACUAUAUACCUACCAUUCUUUUUUUUUAUAUGCCUACCAUUCUUGAUGGCCCUACUCUCAUACUUUCAAAUCUUUGUUGUACUUAACCCCCUUCCCAAGUCUACAGGGAUAGCUGUGAUACGAUAACACUCAUUUUUAGUGCAGAAUUGCUUAUCCCUUCUGUAGAUAAUUUCCCUACUACAAAGAUAUGCAGAAAGGAGAUGUGCAAGGAAUAGUGCAUGAGCCAGUGUGGCUGGAUCAUGAAGGAGAGUAGAAUGAAUGUGUCAGUCUAUUCUUCUAUUUUUCCAUCAGUACAGAUAAUUGAGUUGAUGGUAGAUGUGAAAUUGGAUUAAAAGCACUGUGUAAAUA